CCGUUUCUCCAUCAUUCCAACGAAUAAUUUUACAAUCACAACUUACGUUUACACGUAAAUGGAUCUUUGAAUUAAAAAAUCACUUUUUACAUAAAUUCACUGGUCCACCAUAAAAUUUAAUACUGAUUAUGUAAACAAAAUUAAUCGUUCAAUUAAAUUACUAAUUAACACAAGUAAAAUAUUUAAAUAUUUGGAUUACCAGGAAAUUGGGCGCGGUUUUCUACAAGUAAGUUUAUUUGUUAAUUAUUAUUAUAAUUAAAUAAUGUCCGUAUUAGACGAUCGUGAAUUAUAUAAAAAUAAUGAUUAUUUUACACAACAUGAGUAUGGUGAUUUUACACCUUUUUAUGUUAUUAUAUCCAUCGUUUCUUUAGUAGGUGGAUUUAUAUUUAUACUGAACAUAAUAUUCUGCUGGUGUUCACCUUAUCAACGUUAUUGGCAAGAUCGUCACACUGGAAACCGUUGGAUAUCAUCACUGUGGACAGCGACACCGCACAAAUACCCGCCAUUGGAUUUAUCAGAAUUAAAUUCACGAAUAAAGACUCAAGUAAUUGAUGAAAAAUCUUAUUACCCACCGUCAGUUGUUGGUGACGAAGAACUAGCGUAUCCUGACUCAAGACUUGACACUCCACUGCCACAGGAAUAUAUGGAAUUACAAAAAAGAGAAAGUGAUAUUUGAUUAAAUAUUUUAAA